UUGAAUUGAAUGGCAUGGCUAGUCUACAGAGUGCGUGAUGAAGGAGAAAUGCGAGCUUUAGUGCGAACGUUUCGCUGGUAUUACGUUACGUCGGGAUCCGCGUGAGACUUAACGACGAUCGUGACGCGAGGAGACUCUUUCCCUGUCGCACGCGAUGGAGGCGGUGAAAGCGUUCAACGCAGAGCUCUCUGCUCUUUAUGAUGUCAAACCCCCAAUUUCAAAAGCCAAAAUGAAUUCUCUUACACGGGGAGCUAUCAAAGCAAUAAAAUUCUACAAACAUGUUGUACAAAGCGUGGAAAAAUUCAUUCAAAAAUGCAAGCCGGAGUACAAAGUACCAGGGUUGUAUGUAAUAGAUUCAAUUGUUCGACAAUCCCGACAUCAGUUUGGGAUGGAGAAGGAUGUGUUCGCUCCACGAUUUGCAAAAAAUAUGCAGACUACCUUUCUUAAUCUUUUAAAGUGUCCACAAGAGGAUAAAAGCAAAGUUAUACGUGUAUUAAAUCUUUGGCAAAAGAAUGCAGUUUUUCCACCAGAAGUUAUUCAACCACUUUUCGAUCUAGCAGACCCGAAUCAUCCGAUACAUAAAGAACAGCCAGUAAAUAGCAAUGGUACAUUAAAUGCAUCAUCUGGAAGUAAUCUAAGUAAUGUAAGUGCAGUCACUAAAACCCCGCCAUCUACAAUUAAAAACGCUGUGAAAGAUCCCAAACUGUUUUCAUCUGGAAAAACGAUUGACCCAGUAUGGCUUGCACAAACAAAAAUGGAAGCAGCAGUCAAUGCAAACAAACUUUUGAAUCAAUCCAACUCUGGUCAAGUAGAUUCCUCUUUUUUUGAUCAGUUACAACAUUUACAGCAGUUACUUAUGAAAAAAGAUGUUACAAACGAUUCAAAGAGUUCUGUCAAGUUUGAUAAAAAGUUAUUAGAUUUUGAUUAUGGAGAAGAAGAAGAUGAUGACGUUGUUGUUACUAAUUCUCCGAACACAGCUGCCUCAGCCAAUAUACAGCACAAUAUAGUUUCAGCAAACAACAGUUUAGAAAGCCUUGGAUUAUUGCUUGCAAAUCCAGAGGUUAUGAGACAAUUGCAAACUUUACAACAAACCAUGCAAAGCAAUGCAUCCUCUUCACUCGAAAUGGAAGAAAAGAUGCGCAAACUGCAACAAAUGAGACAACAGGAAGAAGAAUUUGAUAAGCAUUUAGCACAAACUGUUCCUAAUCUUCCAUUUGCAUCUGAAUGCGAAUUAAAGCCUUCUGAUAUUUUGAAACCAAACACACAAAAUUAUGCAUCAAAUAUGAACAGCAAUGUGAUGCAGGAUAUGAGUCAGCCACCACCUGGUUAUCCACCAGCUAUGUCAUACACUUCCCAAUCUUUAUCGAACAUUCGACAAAUAAAUCAGUCUACGCAUCAAAAUCAAAAAAGUCCGUUGCUUGAUGAACGUCAAGAAACGCAAGAUUAUACUGGGAACAGUGUCAGACGUGAUAGUAGUAGUGUAGAAAUUGUAAACUGCGAAAAUACGAGUUCCCAAAGUAGAUCGCCAGAACGAUAUCGACAUCACAGUCGAUCUCGAUCUCCGCGACUCAGAGAUAGAGAUAGAGAUCGAGAUAGAGAUAGAAAAUCUCGAUCUAGAAGCAGAUCAAGACGAAGAAGAGUUCGAAAACGUGAUGAUAGCCGAGAAAAGAUGACAGAAGAAGAGCGAGAAAAGGAUAGGGAGAGACGUAAACGCGGUUUACCGCCAAUAGUUAGAGACAAAUUAAGUGUUUGCAGUACAACUCUUUGGGUAGGUCAUUUGUCGAAACUCGUACAUCAAGAAGAGUUGUCCGAUACAUUUGGAGAGCUUGGUGAUAUCGUUAGUAUUGAUUUAAUCUCGCCAAGAGGUUGUGCAUUUAUAUGUAUGAAUAGAAGACAGGACGCAUAUCGAGCGUUAACAAAAUUAAAAAAUCAAAAGAUGCAAGGCAAAGCUAUUACGUUGGCAUGGGCACCUGGUAAAGGAGUAAAAGGCAAGGAAUGGAAAGAUUAUUGGGAAGUAGAGCUAGGUGUCAGUUACAUCCCUUGGAAUAAAUUAACCAACAUUACCGAUCAAGAAUUGGAGUUAUUAGAAGAAGGAGGGAUGAUAGACGAAGACACAUUACCUCCUCAUUUGAAAGGGAAACUGAAACACACUGGCACAAGUGCAGAUGUUUUACAACAACAGUUGCAUCUGCAGCAGCAAGCAAUAGUUGCCACUGGUGCUCCUAUACCCACUUUGACGGAUGGCAUCGUUAAUGUCAUACAGCCGCCGGUUAGUUCACAGCAACAACAGCAGCAGCCGCCACAGCAACAGCAAUUAGUCGACACUAGUCAACCGCCACCAAUUAGACCGCCAACAUCGGCUGCACUACUGCCUCCACCGAACACUCAAUUACAAAUGAUGCCACCAGCAUUUACAAUGCCUGGAGUGCCACGAAUGAUUAGCCACAUGGGCCUACAAAUGCCGCAUGGACUAAUGCCGAAUGUUCCAAUCGGAGUACCACCACCUAACAUGCAGAGUUUGCUGGGACCACCCGGCAUGAUGCAAACCAUGUUGACACCUCCAGUAAACCCGCCAUUCGGAGCAGGUGUUGGCGUAAGUUUAUUGACGCAAAUUCCACUGCCCGCACCUGCAGCGCCUUCGGAUAAACCAAAUUCGACUGGAUACGAGAUCCUGAACAUUUCAGGUAUGCCGCACAACGUUCCACCGAUUGGAGUACCACCGCCUACAACAGAGACAAGUAUGCCGAACUUGCCGAUGUUACGGCAACCGUACGGAGUUGGACCGGCGCCACCCAUGCAGAUACAACUACCUCAACAGCAUCACUCGGACGAUAUGGACGUAGAAAUGGAGGACGCGAUGCCACAAAGUUUAAACAGCAACUUGUCCAAGGACAAGCCGAACCUUAGUGAUCAGUUGAUUGCGGCAAUGAAUAUAAGCAGCAAUGUAAACGACUGUCGUCUGGAGAACGACCAAUCUCGCGAGUACAAGGAAAGGGAACGUGAUCGAGAAAUCAGGGAAAGGCGAGACCGGAGUGAUCGAGAUCGUGGAGAUCGCAUGGAUAUCAACGAAUGCAGAAUGGAUCGUGGUAGAGAUAGAGGAAGAGGACGAGAUCGCGGCCGAGAUAAUAGACGGAGAGAUAAUCGUGACGGUCGUGAUAGAGAGAGGGAUGAUAGACGUGACAGAGACAGCCGUGAGACCCGAGAGAGUCGAGAUAGCAGUACCAGACACUCGGAAGGGCCGAGUGGACAAAAUCAAAUCCAGGAAGGCGAAGGCAUGACGAAAAAGGAAGGCAAGCCUAGUCUAGCCGAACGACUGCGACAGUUAGCGGACGGUACGUUACCGCUGGAUGACCGGAUGGACAGGAACAUUCGUGGCAACCGAGCUGAGCGUAACAACGAGCGAAAUGACAGGAACUUUGAAGAAAGUCCUGGAGGUGGAGGAGGACGAAGGCCACCCGGUGACAUGCCGAUCUCAUUGAUGGACCUACCUAAGUUCCCCGCAGUGAUGCCUCCGGAUCGAGCCGACUUUCCACGAGGACCGGAUUUUCGAAGUGGACCACCAGACACGCGUGAGUUUCCGCAACGCGGCCUGCCCGAUCGGCCUGAUCGACAGAAUUUCCCGCCGCGCGGUGGACCAAGAGCUUCACAAAUGGACGACUUCCACGACCCUAGAAUGCAGUCUGGCAUGUUCUCGGAAGAACAUUAUGAGAAUAGGUUGGGCCACAAUGGGCCUCGGCCUGACGACUUUCCACCGGGUAGACUAGGCCCGGCUAGAGACGAGUUCGAGCGACCAGAAGUGCGUCCUCGUAGACCACCUGUGGACGAUUACGAACGUGAGCGUUUCGAGUAUGAGAUGAGACGCGAUGGAUUUGAUCCGCGAAUGCAGGACGGCUUCGAUCAUAGGAGUCACAAUGAGCGCGCCGAUUUUGAUCUCCGCAGAAGAGAAUUCUUUGGUGGACCAAUGGAACCAGUGUUUGGAAUGCCACCUUUAAUGGGGCCAAAGGGACCGAGAGGACCAGUUGGUCCUGAUGGAUUUGGACCGCGCGGAGCCAGGGGACCCGGUCCUCUCAUGUUCCAUCUUCGUGGCAUGGGUCCGAGAGGUAUGAGGCCUGGGAUGAGGCCGCCGUUUGCACCUCGAGGUCCACCAUUCGAUCCUAGAGAAUCAGACUCUUUCUUCCGACCACCGUUCGAUGAAAUGCGCGGUCGUCCUGGACCACAUAUCCGGCCACCGUUUGGUCCGAUGGGUCCGCCAGCGAUGCAUGGACCAGAUGGACCAUGGAGAAAUCAAGAGGGCGGUGGACCCGCAUCAUGGUCUGGGCAGGAACCCGAUGGACACGGACAACGUGAAAAUCAUCUUCCACGAGACAAGCAAAAAUUAACGAAGCAUCAAGAUUAUAAAAAUAUUUCCGAGCGGGAGAAUCGUAACCGAAAUCGAAAAUCUAGGUGGGGCAAUGUUAGCCCACAAUUGACGGAUGACGUGGACGAGAUACCAUCAGAAGAGGCCGAAAAUAAAGUAGGAAUACCAGAUAGUAGCAAAUUAGAAGCGAAAGAUAGCUUUGAUGCUUCAGCCUCGGCUAUCGAUCAACAGAAUCAAGAAGAGUCAGUAAUCCAGGGGCAGGAUGUGAUGCAUGGUGACAGAGAAAACGAAUUUGCGAGUAUAUCGAACGAUAACAAUGUUGAUGACAUGAAUUAUAAAAAUGAUGAAACCAAUGCUUUCGAAAUUGGUGUGGAUCAUUUCUCCAGCAAUGACUUAGCGCUAACGCAGCGGGAUGAAGAGGAACAGUGUGAAUACGAAGCGCCCAUUCCAGCUGAAGAUUCAGCGCAGCAAAAUGUGGUACAAUCGAUCGAACAAAUAGGGCACGUCAGUGAGAAUUUUAGUGAGCAAUCAGUGGAACAACAAGCGGAUUUGUUAUAAACAGAAAGGAAAGAAAGGAAGAAAA